AUGCUGUACACGACCAGGAAGGGAAACUAUGGUUUUUAUUCAGAACAUGCUUCAGCGAUACGAGAUAUUCUUUUGUACAUAUGGGAUGGACUGAAAAGACGUUCCAGAUAUUGCGUUGCUUUGCAUGAUUAUCCUCCAGGUAACCUUGGUUUCUAAUUUACAACAAUGCGAAUUCUCGCGUUCUGAUUGACUGCUUGCAGGGUGCGAUAAUUAAAAUAUUUUAGUCGUACCUGACUAGUACUCCAAUCAUGAUUAUUGCCGCGUACCUGAGCUGGUACAAACUUAAGACUUACACUACUUAGUCUUUGCAAUACAUAAAGUACAUAAUUCAUAAAGUAUACAGCGUUCUAUAUACAAAUAUCCCAUUAGACUAAUCAUAUUUCAUGUCAAGAAAUGUCAGACUUUUAGCAAAAAGUAAGUAAUUAAGCAGAUAGCAAGAGUUCCGCGUACAUACGUGGUACGUGACUGAAGAAAAUAAGUAACAGACCUCAAUAUUGGCAUACAUAGAGGCACCUCGUAAAGCAACUCAAAAGUUGUUUGGAAAAAACGUUUAGCAUAAUUAUAAUUGUAGUCUUUACUUAAAUAUUGAUAUAGAAAUAGGCGAUUGAUUCCCAGUGUCUCUGGGAAUUUUGUUGUAGUAUUUACAACAUUUACUAAGUACAUCACGUCGUAACGGUGUACGUUCACAAAAAUACAUACGUCCUACUGUAGCUUUUGAUCAAGACCACGUCGGAAUUAAGAUAGUGUACUAUAGAUUUGCAGCUAUUAAGAAAAAUGCAUAAGUUUAUAUUUAACCGAUUCAAAUAGCAGAGGAAUAAGUACAGGAAAACGGACAUUUGUAAAAAAUAUUUCCACCAUUUAAUUUUAUGAAUAGCAAAUCCUGCAAUAUUAAUUCCAAAGUGGACGUUAAUUAAUACUGUACAUGUCCGCCAAUUUUUGCACAAGUUCAUGUGAAUGAAAUUCAAGGUCAAAUGUUGCAAGAUACAUUGACGACUGACUGUCGACUUUCCAGCGGCUGCGAUGCACUACGAAUUUAUGAUUUAAACCUCAUUUGUGAUGCUUAGCAACUUUGUCCCUUAGUCUGCGACUUUUGUCUUGCAGCUCAGCGCUCACAAUUAUCAUUUCGUCGUGGUGACAUAAUUAUUAUGGAUGAAACUUACAAUGGUGAAACGCUGAACGCUACUGGAUGGGCAUCUGGUACCAACGACCGUACCAAACAAUGGGGAAACUUUUCUGCUAACUAUGUUUAUGUUGUGCCUGUGGUUUACGUCCAACCUGCUGCUGCUCCUAAACCUGUUGGAAGCAAACCUGCUCCACGUCUAUUCAGGCCACCCUCCCCCGAAGAGCCUGUAAGCAUUAUUAAGAUUUAUUCAAAUAGAAAAGUACAGUAUUUAAGCAAUUUCAACCACAGAAAAUUUUUAUUUGGAAGUUGUUAACUUUAUCAUUGUGACAUUUUUGCCGAUGGGCUGCUAGCUAGCGCAUUGCGUACAAUAGACUGCUUUAGCAAACACAACAUGACGUCAACAAGGACGUGGAAACGGCGUGGCAUGUGGCAUUUUACUUCUGUUUAGUCUUGGACCGUUGGAGUCGUUCAUAUUGUUUUAGGACGGGAUUCAGGGUGUUUUCACGUCCUCCCUAGAACGUCACAAAUUUAUGCUUGUCUUGAAAUCAAUAUAUAAGAGUAUACACCACAAAACCGUCCUAUUUUGUUCCCCAUAUAUUCUUCAAUAUUUGUAGCUGAAUAUUGUUUUGAUUGAUAAGUUUGUGUUCUUAUAUUUCGCUGAGUUUUGGACGCAUUGAUAUUUGGCAAGUAUUUUCAUCGUCACAACAAAACACAAAUUGUCAAAAGCUGAAAUAGAACAACAAGAUUUUAAAAUGAACAAGUAAAACACUUAAACAAGUAAAAACACUUUUCGGCAUGAAAAACAGUCGUCAAAAAAAAUUGAAUUACACCAAUGUAAACUCUGAUAUGACUAUUGAUAUCGAACAUCUUAGAAACUCGAUUAAACCAAAUAGAAACUAAAGUAUAGUAUUUAACUCGUGAACAAUACCUGCAGCUUUUGCACUUUCGUCCGUAUAAUGCGAAAAAAUUACUUGUUCAAAAACAACAAAAUAUAGCACUUUUUAAAAAAGAACUUGUCGAAUGUUCAUAGAAAAUCUUUAGAAAAUACUCAGCCAGUAUAACAGAGCAUUUUCUAGCACAUAACUAGACAAAUAAUUGAAAACGGUAAAGAAAUAUGCAAGCGGCGAAAAAAACGCACAAGACAUUUACUUCUGAAAAGAUAAACCCGAAGCCGCAGAUUCCAAAUGGAAGCAAACGCGAGGUGUAUGACGUCAUUUUCACGUCCUGAUUGACGUCGCGUUGUCUUUGCUAAAGCAGUGAAAUCAAUUAUUUUACUUUACCUGGAACGAUAAUACCCAGUCAUUUGGCAGUUAAAAAGUGAAGCAUUGUGUAAGCAGUGGCGUCAGCCCUCCACGCCAUUUCCACGCCAUAUAGUACGUCAGGUUCAGUCCCUUUAUACGCCAUCACCGCGCUGUCCAUUUCCAAGUCGUAUAGUACGUCAGUUUCAGUCCCCUUAUACGCCUAUCACAAAUCAGCGCGCAUCAGAACGCUGGCUUAGGCGUGAAGUGGCGUUGGCAUUGGCUUCGCGUUCCCCCCCGCAUAAUAUCAUCCCAGAUAAAAGACAUGGAGUUCACAGUGCUCAAGCUGUCUAGUGAUAAGGAAUCGCGGACGUUAUCACUAUUGCGAGAAAGGUUCCAUUCCUGCAUGCAGUGGUUCCCUUCCUAUAUGCCUAUAAAAUUUUGCCUUAGAUAGCUUCACUUGAGUCUACCAAAAUCUGUUGCAAGUAUUUUCUUAGUUGCCCAUGGGUGUCUGGUUUUAAGCUAGGGAUCAAGAAAUAAAGGAAUCAGGAUCAUUACCAUAUCUGCAUUGGAAAAUUAAUUUAGGCAGAAUGUCCUGCAGUAAAUACUAAUCUUUUUUCAUUUAAUUAUUUCCAUUCUACGUACUUAGACCACAACUAACAGGGGUGAGGUCGAUGAUCUUAUGAAAGCGUUGGACACCAAAGAUAUUCAACUGCGUUCAGUUGAAGGAAAGGUGAGUGCCAUGGAUAUGACUGUUUAUUUAGUAUGUUGAUCGUAUAUUAUAAGUGCACGGAUCGGAUCUCAUCUGAGAGAUAGUUUAUACGUCUUGAAGAGUUACCGCCUUAUAUCACCACCCUAAAUUACGUUAAUCUAGUACCCAGAGUAUGCCCGUUCGCAGGUUAGGUGCUGGCACAUCUGCUCUACCGUAUAAUAAUUCUAGCUUAUAAUUUUCUGUAGGUCGUUCAACUUGAAAAUGAGCUGAAUCAGCUUGGCCGAGAAAAGCAGCAUACUGAGUUCACCUUAAGAACCGAAAAGGAAUCCUUUGAAUCCACAUUGGAGAGGAAGGAGACCAUUCUCGUAAAUACUCGAACUGAGCUCGAAGACCUACGGCAGUAUAAUAAUCAAGCAUCUUCGAAACUGUCGGACAUGCAGAAAAAUCUCCGAGAUCAAGAAGUGGAAUUGGAAACGUUACGAAACCAACGUUACACGCAGCUGACGGAAAUAAAGGAUAAAGAAAGUGCUCUUUUCACUAACAGAGCUCGUCUUGUCGAGUUGGAGCGUAAUUAUAGCACAGCAAAUGCUGAGGUGGACGAUCUCCGAUCCCGAGUUCAAGCAAAAGAAGAGGAGCUGUCCAAAAUCAAACAAGAGCAGCAUCAAAAUAUUCUCCUUAUUUCCGAAAUGGAAGGUUCCUUGAGUGGCACUCGAAGGGAAUUGGAAACGUUUGAAAGGCAGCAAUCCGAAGCAGCCUCUACGAUCAAAGAUAUGCGAAAAACACUUGAUACUCAAGAAAGCUCCAUAACAACCUUAAGAAGUGAAAGGGAUGCUCACUUUAGCGAGCUUCAGAACAAGGAGAUGCUGUUAUCCAAUACACGUAGCGAGUUGAUGCGUUUGAAAGAAGAAAACAAUGAUGCAAUUAUUACAAUUCGUGAACUUAAGGAGAAAACACGCGACCAAGAAGAAGAGUUACACGUGCUUAAAUUGCAACGAACUGAGCAGAAUAGUGUAACCACGGCACAAAUUCAAGAACUGGAGCGUUCGAUUGGCGAAAAGAAUAUUAAGAUUUCAUAUUUGAUGGAGGAACGAGAUAAAAAUAUUGAAAAACACCGAGAAGAGAUUCGUGACCUGGAAAGACGUCUUACUGAAGUAAGCAAGCGUAAAAUUGUCGAGGUAUCCAAGCCAGCUCUAAGAGAACAGGUGAGUGGUAUACAAAUUACUAGUGAAAUACUUCUUUCAUUCCACGAAACGUUACAAAACAAGCGGUUACCGAACAAUUUGAGUUACAGUACCUACUUUACAAUACAGCACACAACACGACAAGGCACCGCACCGUAUAAACCAAUCAUAAAUUAAAUUAAGAAUUAGGAUCUACAGUAUAAGAAUACCUUCCUACUUUCUAUUCCUAUAGUUUUUCAUUUCUCAUUGCAAACUGUCUACAAAAUAACCACCUCUUCGCCUUAUUAAGAACGCCUUAAUUAAAUUUGUUAGAUGUUCACAUGAUUAUAUGCAGCGAAUAUAUUCAAUCUUAUUUUUCUUCUUAGAUCCUUAUUACCACCCCGGCAGUUGUUGAGCUUCCCAAAAGCAGGAUCCACACGCUGGAAAUAUACGCAAGAGAUUAUUUCACCGAUAAUAUGACUUGGGUUCAUCAAAAAGUAAGAUCCGUUUCUUGACAUUUUUAGAUGGUUCAUGAAGAAAGAACAUAGCAGUCUGAACCGACACACGAAUAGCAGCAGUUGGUUACGUUUCGUAUAUCAUAUUACAUUCUUUGCUAAACAUUUUCUUAAUUAAAUUAAAGCAUGUUUUUGUGUAGUUUUUUCAGAAGGUUUUAAAUUAAAGCUACUACCAAUACUUUUAAAAGUCAAAUUGUAUGGAUUAUCAAUGCAUCAUGGUCAUACAGUAUAUUAAUGAAAAAAUGUUAAUAUGUGAAGGAAAGCCAAUGGACAUUUCAGAAGCCACGCGUACAUCCAUAAUUCUAAAGAGUAAAACAUGUGUACAGCAAUUCACAUUAGGUACUCAAAGUCACAGCAUGGCUUUUGCGUACAUCAUGAGCAAUAAUUUGAUCUGAUAAAACACAAAAAAUCGCAAACAUUUACCAGACAAUUAUGUUUCGUAAUUCGUUAUUUGACUCCCCGUUAUAGUUGAAGUUCUGUUUUUGUAGGAAGCAAUUUUUCAGCCUCUUCACAAGAUUUUACUCAGAAACCAAGAAAAGAAGGACAAAGCAAUGGAAAUCUUUAGACGUAUCCUUUUUGUUGUUAUCCAUCCCUUAAAUGAUAGUUUAGAAAGUUUCCACGUUAACUUCCAUAACCGGCACCUAACAAAUAAUCCGUUCCAUCGAAAUGUGGAAUUUUGACAGUAACAAUUUUGCAAUAUGAAAAUUCUCAAUAACUGAUACGCUACUGGGCAGUUUCAUUUCGUCCACUAGCCUUAUAUUUAUUUAAAACGUUAAAAGUUUUCAAAAAGUAUAUUUUAAAAAUCGAGCGUCCACAUCAUCGACAUCGUGAUUUACAUGUGAACAGCAGCUGCCACGGCCGUCGCGAAAAGGAUAAAGCAGGGGAAGGGGAAGGAGGGGAGACAAAAAAAUCUUUCGCUGAUAUUACUGUAUAUUUUUCAUUCACUUUUCCGUUAACGUACAUUAUUCGCGAAAUUUUACCUUAAUAUUUUCGUAAAGUUCUCCAAAUAGUUUGCUACAUAACUAUUACUUUUUAAUCAGUUUCCCCUCUUUCAUUUUACGUUUAGUUCUUUUACUUCCUAUACCCAAUCCGUGUUUUCGAUGACCCUUGUACUGUAGCUGCAGGGUUCAUUCAUGUAAAAAUCCUGGUAAUCAACGCUCUAUAUCCCAAAGUUCGAUUUUUUUAAAUCUUUUAAUUUAUUUAGAUGUUUUAAAUAAACAAUACUAGUGAAUAUAUAAACCAAAACGAAAUAAAAAUUCUCAUGAUCAUUACCUCGGUCAUUACUCUAUUGACUUCAAUACUUUCCAUGCACUUAAAGAGGUAUUCUUGGACCAUAUGAUAAGUAAGAAAAUAAACAGGAUGAUAAUAAAUUUAUUAGGCUCUAAUAUUUCGAAUAACAGGCUCUAUAAAUAUUUUGGCAAUUACAUACCCUUAAUUCCUGCCCAGUGAUCUUAAUCUACAUGGAAGAGUUACCUGGAAGAAGCACCAUGUCGAAAAUUCAAUUAACGGACGAAAUAUUCGGACCUGCUUUAGACGAUGUAAGUUAAAAUACCUUCUCUAAGAAACCACCGCUUAACCCCAUACGUGUUAAAACAAAAUAAAUCCAAUGAAUGAAUUUUAAUAAUUUCCCAUAUAGCAUUUGAAUUUCAAUAGUUGUGAUUCACAUAUAGAUGUCGCCAGACUAUAUUUUCAAGUAUCGCCAUGCAGACUAUUGUCAAUUUCUGAAAUACAUGCUCCGAAAAGAGUAAAAGAAAAGAAUAUUGUUUUAAUAGGAAGUGAUUCGAGAUGAAAUAUAUUGUCAGCUGAUCAAGCAGUUAACGUUUAACUCUAACUGGUAGGUAGAUGCGUGUAUGUAUAAGCUUUUGAGUGUUUUUGUCCCAUAUAACUUGCUCAAUUAACUUGUAGCGGCUUAGCCUCUCAUCUCUUUUCCCACAGGACAAGUGAAAAGAAGUGCUGGGAGUUGGUGUGGUUAUGCACUGGCUUAUUUGCGCCGCCGAGGUAUUCACAUAGUUAGAUCAUAGUUAGACCAUAUUCGUAUAGGUAGAUCAAUUCCCUUAUAAUUCUUCCUGUGCACAUAACGCCUUUAUUACCCUUUAUACUUGUUAUUGGGAUCCAUCUUGGUUCAUUCUAUAGUUUAUCUUAGCCGCAUAGUGAAGUGGGUGAGUCCAUCAAGUAAGAAUUGUGGUCCUACCUUGGUCCUUUCAAAGUCAAAACUCAAAACCACAAAAGCUCGACCUCUAAGCGAGUAAACCACGAAUAGGCUACUGUACAUAUGUAAUUUAUAGUUUAACACUCCGUAGUAACGGUUGCUAUGUCCCACAAAUUCAAUAGUAAACCCGCAGAUUCAUUGGGUAUUUAAUAUUUUUAUUAAAUUCACUUGAUUAACAUGAAUGUGUGAACAUGGCCGACAUUACAUGCAUAAACAAUGCCAUAAAAAUAAAUACGUCCAACGUGCUUUUCGUGCUUACAUGUCGAUGUUUCGCGGUUUUCAGAGGACAACUUUAAAUGAAUCGAAUUCCUAAAACUCCUAAAGUACGUGAUAUUAUAUCAUAGCUCAAACCUCUGUUUAUAGCAUGGCCCUUACAAGACACGUGGAACUCUUUUUAAAAUCAAGCGGUAAACCACGGAGUAACGAAUGUUAUUCUCGACUGGAGAGAGUUGCUCAAUUGGGAUCAAGAAGAGCACCACCACAUUACAUGGAAACAGAUGCAGUUGUCGUAUGUACAAACCUUCGCAUUUCUCUACAUACUUGGGACGUUGGUCGUUCAUAUAUUUUUUAAUUCCAAUUCUAUUUUUUAGCGUGACAACUGUUCCAUGUUCCACAAAUUCCUCCUGCCUGAUGAAGAUGAAGUGGUAAGCUUUUAUUAGUGGUGUAGUAAUCUAGACUUCUCAACAAUGGGGGCUCAUGUAUAGGGAGGUCUUGAAGAGUGAACCAUCUAGGGUCUACGCAACACGAUUUCCUACUUUUUCAAAAAUAGCAAAAAUAGCUCAUUUUCAAACCGCGAUAACUCUUCGGUUUUAUGGAGUAAAUUUAUGUUUUAAAGUAUCAUUAUAAAGAGUAAACAUUCCUGAAUUCACUCAUGUGAUUUUAUUUCAGUUCCCUUGUAAAAAAGUACAAUUUGCUCGUGAAUAUUUCAAUGCCACUUUCAAGGUCAUGUUAAUUGAACCAAAACAUGCUUAAAUACAAUAGGAAUUUCACAUAAGUAAGACGCGAUAUAUAUUAUAUAUAUAUAUAUAUAUAUAUAUAUAUAUAUAUAUAUAUAUACAAAAUGAUUCAAUUAUUAAACAAAAAAGUUCUCAAAACAUACCUUUGAGGAAACGAGAUCUUCACAGCAACAAUCGCAAUCUAUUUCAACAGUUUUUAAUCGUGUUGAGAAUAAAUAUCUUGAAUAAUAAUGACCGCACUGAUUUGCGCGUUGCAUUUCGGGAAGACCUUCAUUCCUCCUCUUCACUACAGGCUAGUUCGUCAGGCAGACUACCAUCCUGAACUGAUAUAAUGUAAAAUAGCAUUACUGGUGUGACUUUAAAAUGGAAUAGCUAGAAAUAAAUUGGAACAACUGUGUUCUAACAAUGGCAAAUAUUAUUGAAUUAGCAAACAUUUGUUAUAUUAUCAAAUAUUAUAUAAGUCUUAAUUGAUAAAGAUUUAAAGAGAGACUCGGCCCCCCAAACCAAUUGGGUCUCAGCCUUCUGAGCUGCCCUCUCAUACAACCUGGAUUUUAUCCGUCAACGUUAGUGACAUAUUAUAGAAUAAUUUCCAUAUAGGUAUCAGAUUUCAACCAGAUAUCGGUUGGACAGUAAACUAUACUUGAAGAUUUUUUAUGUAUCUACAUGAUAAAACUUCAUUGGUCAAUCUGUAUGGGGGACGAGAAAAAGACGAGUUGUUGUACAUUCCGCACAGAUUACGUUAUAGCAUGGCCUAUAAAAAACCGAAUUCCCUAUCCGAAUAAACCGAAUUCCCUAUCAUAUUUGUCAAACACACCCAUAUGAAUGCUGGUAUGCAGUCGACUAUUUUAAAAAUAUAGGCUGUUUCAGAGUAGACCAAACGUUGUCUUAAUCAAAACGAGAUCAGUACCAAAUUUUUGCGUUCAUUAUACCUCAAAUAUUCUUUAUGAAAUAUUAAUUGAGAAAACGAAAUGACUCAUGGGCGUAUUCCUUUGAGGAGUUUGCUUCUUAAAAUGUAUGUUGCAAUUUAUAUAUAUAUAUAUACCUAACUUAAUUCAUCAAUAUUUUGUUUACAGAGUGUUGAAGUUGAGUCUCUAUCAAAGCCUCCUAGCAUCCUUCGUAAAAUAGCGCAGAAGUUAAAUUUGAGAACUUCAGAAGGAUUUGGAAUUUUUGUUCGUGUUAAUCAACAAGGUAACAAAAACGAUCAAGAACAAGUACAAUUUUAUUCAGUGAAGUUUAAUAAAACUCGCCACCAGGUAGAAUGACUGUCUAUAGAAGCCCAAAGUUGCGGGUUCGAAUUCAGUUCAUUUAGGUUCUGCGAAACGCUAUUUCAUGAAUUUUAGACUGGUUUUAGGAUAAUUUGCAUGAAAGACACAUAUUUGGUGUAUUUUGUCUCAUGGGUUACACCCGACACCCCAAGUUUCUUCUCACAAUAUUUGUCUAGAAGAAAAGUGGGUAGCUCCCGUAGCUGCGCCCUUGUGAAACAUUCUUUUUAUAUUGACUAGUGUGUUAGUUUACAAUAACCAAGUUUUAUCAGUCAUCUUUUCGCUUGUUAAUUGUUAUACUCUGCCUUUAAGUUAAAUGAAUGCAAAGUCCAUUCGUAUUGCUCUGAGGUGUGCUUUUAGUUAUACCCAAGGAAUAUUAUGUGCUUUUAGUUUUACCCAUACAAUUUUUGCUUUAUUUUCUGUUAGUUUUGGGAAUGGCUGACACGGAGUACUUGUUUGACUUCCUUUGGUUAUUGGCGUCAUUGGGUGAGUACCCGUUGUUAGAAUCGUAUUUUAUAACUCAUAUAUAUAACUAUAAGUUAUUAUAUCGCAAGGGCAGUCCAUAUAGUCGAACGGCAAUAGGAGUUAAAAUGGCUACAUUAUACAAUUAGAUGCACAAAUAAGAAUUUAGCGAAAAAAUGGUAAGAAUGGUCUUCACCAAAAAUGAUUUUGCCCCGAAUUUUAGCACUGGAAUGAAUGGCAACAUUUUGAGUAAUUUUUCAUGCAUAAUAUAGUAGGUUUAAAUUUAGUCUGGUCUAGAUAUCGUUAGAUCAACAAUGAAUUGAAAGUUAUUAUAUAAUAAACAUUAAUAAUAUAAUCUAUUGUCCAAAUUUCGCGAUGAUGUAUUUAAUAUUCUAAAUUAGAAAUUUAUGAGAGUCGAAACGAAAAUUUUAAUUAAAAUUAUCAUGUAGACUUAAUACUAACUUCACCCUUGAUUACAAAAAGCCAGCAAACAUGCACUGAAUGAAAUCAAAGAGAACAAUAUUACGAGACUCGGCAUGGAAUGGACAUUUGCAUAAAAACUAAAUUUUGAUCUAGACCAGUCCAGACAAAAAUUUCAUCACAGUUUGAAAGAGCAUCACAAAAUUAGUAAUAUUCCAAAGUUUCGUUACGAAUUGUUGUAAAAUGCGGAUAAUAUAGCCAUGGGAAGUUUGCCGUUUUUCAGUCAUUUUGUAUUACGCACGGGAAAUUGACAGCCCAAUCGGGUGUUGGGGCAUCAAUUUCCCGUUUGUAAUACAAAAUGACUGAAAAUUGCAAAUUUCGCAAGGCUAUAUUAUCCGCAUUUUACAACAUUUCGCAACGAAACUUUGGAAUAUUACUAAUUUUGUGAUGCUCUUUCAAGCUGUGAUGAAAUUUUUGUCUAGAUCAAAAUUUAUUCUAUAAUGCAAAUGGUCAUUAGAACAUGGUAAUUUACCGUCUUCCACAGGGUGUCUAAAUAAGUGACCCUAUAUAAAUCACCCUUUUGUUGUAACUUGUAUAAGCACCCAAACUUUAAUAACUCUGGGAGUUUAGAAUGCAUUGUAAACGUACGACAUAUUAAAACUGCAUGAAUUGCACAUGGAAAUAGACCUUAUGCAUAAUGACGUCACAACGCUUGAUGCCCGCGAGGAAUGCUGGUCUUAGUAGUCAUCGCCAGGGAAAAGUUCGAUAGUUGCCAUUUUGAAUUGUUUAAUUUCCCCGGGAGAUGGCUACUAAGACCAGCAUUCCUCGCGGGCAUCAAGCCUUGUGACGUAAUUGUGCAUAAGGUCUAUUGUAAUUGAAGUUAAACGACUUAGAAAUUAGUCUCGUCAGCUGACUCAGUUUGAUUAAAAAUGAUUCAACUGACUACAGACAGUAAAAAGUUUUUACUGUUUUACGUGUUGCGUUAAAUUAAUCGGCAAAUAAUCAUAUUCAUAUGUUGAACGAUACCAAAAACUGUGGCAAUUGAUACACCAGGCGGAAAUCUUAGUUUAAAGAUAAAGAGCAGAGUCCAGCAAAUAACUUUAAAACCAAACAUAAUAAAAGUGAAAAAUUAUUAGCUUCCGUUUCGUUGUUUACAAAACAACAUCUUCAGAGCAAUCUAAAUGAAUUUACAGGGUAUGGUAUAUAUAUUUACAAAAUAAUGGUUUAGUAUUACAAAAACGGUUACUUAGUUUGAAAGAACAAAUGAAUAGAAAAAAAGGAAAACAACUUAUCAGUAACUAGUCCCUGAUCCGACGGCGCGAAGCGCCGUGCGAGGGUACUUAUUCCCCCCGGCUAUUUACACCCAGGGAAACGAAAGUAUUAGCGAAGUCUAAAGUUCAUCAAUGAUCGUGGGCGUGGUUCACCAACGGUGUUGGAGUGUUGGGUGGGUGGUCAUCCUCAUUGAUCUCAAAAAUAUGGCGGACUGUCAUGAAUAGUGGACACUGAUUGGUCCAAUUUAAAGUUUGCAUUAUAACGACUGCAUGACGACAGCGAAAUAGCAAACAUUUCUCGAUUUGAUGAUUGAUAAAUUUCUUGCAAAUAUAUUUCAUUUUUGCUCGAAUUUUUUCAAGAUUUUGUAAAUUCAAACGCAUUUUCAGAAAGAAAGGGCGAAAGAAUCGGCUAAAAGAAGGGAGCCUACGUAAACGAGGGUAAAUUUGUUUUAAAUAUUAAUUUUAUAAUUGCUUUAAAACCCGACGGCCUUUGUCGUACAUGAAACAACUAAACAAGACAGCGUAUAAUUUCAAUGUAUCUUUAAUAUUGAUUUCAUUUAUAUUAUAUUGAAUUUUUUAAAUAAAAAAAAGAAAGUAAAUUUAUUUGCAUGCGCGAAUUUGAAAUCAUUUUAUUGCAAACUCAAAGUUUAUUGAUAAAGCCAUUUCAUUAAAGGCAGUUUUAUAGUUUUAUAAAGAACAUUAAAAUGUUCAUUAAAAUGAACAUUAAAGCGUUUUGCGAAGCGUUUGUGGUUGAAUUUUACCUUAAAUUGAAGCUUAUAUUACGUAUAAUAACAUAACUAACAUAUAUAUAUGUUGGGAAAUUGAUAAUUUUGUAAUUAAAAGUGAUAGUUUUAGGCGAUUUUUCAUUUGUAAGAAUAUUCUUAAAAAAUUAUCGUGUUACCUUGACAUUACUUUAGAUACUUCAUGUUCGGAAAAUACAAUGCUUUUGUCAGCAAGGCGAGGGUUUCUGCAUGCAUGUAUUUUCUAGUUAAUUAGUAAAGAUUAAUGUUAAGUGCAUGGUUAGUAUAAGUCUCAGGUAUUCAAAUUAUAACGAUAAGGUAAAUUUCUAAAGGUCAACUUUUUUGGACAGCCUCAUGUAUAAUCGAUUUUCUCAAGGGCGCAGUAUCAAAUGAAUUCGGAAUUCGGGAACUUUAAAAAUGCUUCAGAAGCUAGGAUUACUGUCCUGAUGUGAUCGCUAUAGUACUGUCUGUAGUCAUUACGCUGCUACAUAUUCAAAAUUGAAGGAGCACUCGAAGAACCUUGCUUUACAAAACUCACCAAGAAAUAAAGAUCCUUAAAAUUAAGGAAAAGCAAUUUUUAAAAACAACUAUCAUUCGUCUGAUUGCAUUCAUUGCGUUUGUUUUUAACCUUCCUUAACAUAUUUUCAGCUCGAGGAUUCCCUACGUAGUUUUCGAAAUAUAAUAGUUUGGUACACUACCCUGGAUUCCAGAGCCUUCGACAGUAAAUAAUAAAUUGAAACGUCGCGAAGACUAUGGUUCAACGGUGAGAUUCUUUGAUUAAACCGCGCCAAUCACAAAAUAGAAUUAGUGGUUUAAGUACAGAUUCUGUACUAAAACUACUAAUUCUCUUUUGUGAUUGGCGCGGUUUAAUCAAAGAAUCUCCCCCGUUGAACCAGAGCCUUCGCGACGUUUCAAGUUAUUAUCAGUUACUGUCGAAGGCUCUGGAAUCCAGGGUAUUGAUACACAUGAUUAUUUUUAAAAUAGUAUCUCUGACACGUCAAUCCUUUAAAGUUGUGGUACAGUCCGAUCUGUGCAUGUGCACAAAGGAGCCCUCUUUUUAUUUACAAACAGUUUAUUUAGGUUUUUAUUUCAUUUUAUGCAUGUUCUUACAAAGCUUGAUUGUUGUCUCUUGAUAAUAUAUUAAACUUUAGAAUCAUGAAAAUAUAAAUAGUUGUCGAAUAAAAUUCAAUAUUUUGGAUACCGAAAUGUAAACAAAGCCUUUGUUUACAUACGGACUGUACCGCAUCUAAUUUAUAUCCUACGCUUGCAGAAUUAUCGCAAAACAUUUUAUUUGAUUUAUUGUAUGGAAGAAGAUCUUAAUAUUGGCCAGGGUUGUAUUUCGAAUCUGAGUUUGUGGGACUAGCCUAUAUACUUGUGCGCCUAAUACUGUAUACUGUGAACAGUUGAUUUAAGAACUUGUCUUUAUGAAUGACUUUUGCACGAGUCUGCAUGCGCUUCAAGUGGACACCUAUACCAAUAAUGGCGUUUAUAAACUAAAAUAAAAAUAUGAACUCUUUACUUCGUGGUGUGCAAGUUACAUGAUAACCGCUAAAUUGGAUGAGCUAGAAAAAAAUUUCACGGUUGGCAAUUCAAAUUGCAUCCAACAAGGCGAAAGUCUCCUUUUUUCGUUAAUCCGUUGUGAUUGCUUGCUCAGUAACUAUAGCCAGAACUCGAUGGAAACAAAUUAUCUAUCGAGCAAAUAAUCCAGGUCCAAGGGAAAAAAGGUCCCUAAAAGCAGUGUUUGAAAUUUAGUGUGUUUUUUUCCCCAUUCGUAUACACUCGAGUAGCAGGGGCUUCAAUCUUGAUUCUUAAGAAUGCGUUAGCAUAUUAAAUAUAUAGGGGAUAAAUCCUCCAGGAGUUCUCGAUAAUGCAUCACCGAGAGAAUGUGAAUAUCUAAAUCUUAAUUUGAUGAUCUAAAUCCUCAGAAAGCGCGUGGAAAUGCAACUAAAAUUUUGCAUGCAUUCACUUUUAACUUCCACGUUAUUUCUAUUAUAACUUAUCUGAACAUGCAGCUGCAAAAGUUAGCUCUAAAUAUAUCUGAAUUGAAAUUACUCUUGAACAAAUAUUGGGGGUGUUAUACCCCCACCACACACACACAAAUCAGGUAGCUACGGCCCUACCCCUCCAAUUUUGCAUGCUAGGUUUUGUAUUUACUUAUUAUUUUGGCAAACCUAUAUGACCGAGAUCGAAGACGGUGCAUUAUGGCGCCAGUGUGGUGCAAUAACUUUUGUCAUAGCUAUUAAAAUGCGCCACCGGCUCUUCGUCUCCUAUUGUUACGCGAUUUUCAAUUAAUUAACAAAUGUCCCAUAACGUCCAUAAAUUGUGACUUAAAUACAACCGGUUUCUAGAGAUAUUUACAAUAGCAAAUGGCAGAUGCAAAUAUUUUAUAAUUAAAAUAAAAAAUAGUAAAUGAAAGGAGGUCAUAAAAAAAAUAAAUGAAAAGUUAUUAAAAUUUGACAACAUCAAAAUAAUAAAGAAAAUUAAGAAUAUAUCAUUAAUGUAGGUACGUGGUAUUAAAUAGAAUAGUUUCAAGAGCUAGCAAUUUAGAAAAUAAUGUGCACGAGUAAAUUUGAAAAGUGCAGAUGGAGUUUUAACAAUAUAAUGAAUGCGCGUUUUUAAAAUUGCUCGAGAAUUAUUGCUCUGCAGGCAGUAUAUUAAUAAUGCACAACAAAAAUUUUAAUAAACAAAAAUCAAAUAAUAUUUAUAAGCAUGUUUAGUAUCAUGAUGAAACUUAGAACCUGCAAGCGUGAAGAGGUCCAUUUAACGGUUUCAAAUGGCUUCGUUAUAAACGACAUUAAUAGUUCAUAUACAGCUAUUUCAAUUAAGGUUGUCCCCGAGCCAAGCGGAAAAGUCGAAUAGAGCGCGAAAGACUGCUGGGAAUCCCUAAUAAAUUCAUUCAUUUAUUAGCGAUUCCCAGCAGCCUUUAGCGCUCGUAUUCGACUUUUUCGCUAUGCUCGGGGGCCAACCUUAAAUGAAAUAGCUGUAUACGAUAUUUAUAGAAGACUAUUUUUGACGCGCAGCUUCUUACUACGAAAAAGCCCAAUAUCAAUCGAAGUGAAGUUCCGCAGAUAUAAAGCGUCCUUAAUUAUAAGUUAAUGAACUUGACUCGUUAUUCGAAAUAGUCAACAAGUCAGAAUGCACAAAAAAUGGCAGAGAACAACAUUACGAGAUUCAGCUUCGAAUUCAAGUACACCUAUUCACCCGUAUAUUUGAUAACCGCUUUUCUGGGAACUGCUUCAAAUGCACUACUUCUCAUUGCAUUUAUCAGGGAUCCUUUGAAAUGCUUCAGAAAUUCAGGGACAUAUCUUGUUAUGAAUUUCUCCGUUUCAGAUUUAUUGACGUGUUUAUUAGUUCCGUUUUAUCAACGCGAUAUCGUUAUUACUGGCUCGUAUUCGGUUUUUGAACUUCUUUCUUUAUCUUUUGGGAACGCUUCAUUUGUAGCGAUAGCUUCAAUUUCUAUUGAUCGUUUUCUAUUGGUCGUAUAUCCGUUUAAGCAUCGCUAUUUGAUUCAAAGAAAAAUCAUGGUCUUGUGGUUUUUGAGUAUUUGGCUGAGCAGUUUCAUUCUCCCCAUUUUACGACUGUUCUAUGGCGAUAAAAUGAAGAACAAUCUUGCAGUGAAUUGUUUUGGCAUGAUCGUAAUUGUACUUUCUGCAGCUAUGUACGCUGCUACAUAUUCAAAAUUGAAGAAGCACUCGAAAAAUAUCGCUUUACAUAAUUCAACUGACAGUCGUGCACAAGAAAUAAGAAUCCUUAAGGAAAAGAAAUUUUUAAAGACAAUCAUUCUGAUUGCAUGUAUAGCUUUUGCUGGUUUCGUUCCAUCUGUUAUAUUUUUUCAGCUCCACGGAUCCCUAGGUUUUUCGAGAGAAAGUUUGGUAUCUAACGUUCUUCUUGGAUUAUCGGUAGUGAUAUUUUACACGAGCUUUGCCGUGAAUCCUUUAAUUUAUGUCCUACGUUUGCCGAACUACCGCAAAACUUUUUAUUUGGUUUAUUGUAGAAGACGAUCAUAAUACUAAGAAGCCAUAUUUCUGCAUGGAAUCCGCCGCGUUUGUGGAACCAUUUGCGUUUGGGACAGAUUGACUUUGGAACGUGUCUUCAUAUAAUUAACGGGCAUAUUACUAGGCGUAAAUUUAUGAAUUUUUGAAUUUAAAAUUUAGCAGAAUAAAAUUUUAUCAUCAAGAUGUGACAUUUGACAAAACUUUUUGUUUUAAAUAAAUAAAUAAAUAAAUAAAUAAAUAAAUAAAUAAAUAAAUAAAUAAAUAAAUAAAUAAAUAAAUAAAUAAAUAAAUGGAAUUCCCAAUGCUUUUCUGAACUUUUAAAUGAGGUGACUAAAUUAGUGCAAAAAAUUGAUGGCAAUACAAUUAUUGCAUAUGCCACAUAUAGAUGUAUACAGCUAAUUCAAAGUGAUGGGUAACUUCCUUUCAAGGCUUUUGAUUGGGCAUAUAAUUCUAGUACACUGCUAGUUGUACAUUUUAAGUUCUUAUCAUCUGUCUUGCCAUAGUUACAAUGCAAAAUUUGCACGUUUUAGGCCUAGAAUUUAAGGUUUGAGAUUUUUGAAGGACAACCUUUCUUGAAACAGCUGUAUACAUAUAUGUUCAAACGUACCAUUUGACCAUUAUAGACUCCGAGGACUUCUUUUUGAUAUCACUAUACUAUACAAACCACCAAUACCGAAAAUGGGAUUUUGUGAAUGUUUCCCGACAAGGUUAUUUUGGGUGUGGCAAUACACUUUUAAUUGUAAGAAAUACACUGACUCUCUAUGUGUCUAUGCAUUCGUUACAGGAACACCGGACUCGCCUAAUGGAAUAGACUAUGAGUUGUAUGUGACAAAGAAGGUGUGGUCGAAAACAGUUGGCGGGGAGGAUGUUAUUGCUGACCGCAUUUUUCACUACCACCAGGUUUGUUCCAUCCCGCUUCUUGGGAUAAAAACAUAGAAGCCUGACUUUAUUAAGAGUAAUCUGUUCGGCCACACGCGUUGCAGCAAUGAAAAAUCGCUGCAUUUCCCCAUCAGAAGUGUGAAAACAGUAGAAUAACUGCAAAGUCACUAAAUUAUGUUGCGUGGUCGAGAUGAAUGCAUUCGAAUAUUCUUCUUUACAUUAUUAAUUUUGGACGAUUUUUUAUUAGGAGCUACCUCGUUAUAUUCUUGGCUACCAUAAAUGCUCUCUUAAUGAAGCAGUUGAAGUUUCUGGACUUGCAUACAGGGUUUACCAUGGAGAAAGUGCCCGCCCAUCUGAUGAUUUUCCGUAAGUUGCCAUGUCAAAUAGACUUGUCUCUGUUAAUCUACAACAUUUUUAGUGAAACGGUAUACGUAAAGGUUUUUUUGUGCCCAAUAAAUCAAUAGUAAAGUCCAAUUACUAAACCUUGUUCACGGUCUCACUCUUUACCUAUUUCUUCGCUUCCUUUAGGGAUAUUCUGGAUGAUAUUGUACCCAAGCCUUUCAGAAACAGCAUGUCCGACAGUCAGUGGGUUCAGGUAAUCAAUUACGUGAAAUCAAUAUCUUCCUAGGUAACUGCAUAAUUAGAGUAAUAAAUUGAUCGCCAUUCUCCGUUCAAUAUUGUGUUACUUACUUUAAAGAGCAUCAUGGCUGAGCAUCGUAAGAAUCCAGGCAUGACCAAAGAUGAAGCAAAAGUUGCCUUUUUGAAGAAAAUGCAAUUAUGGACGACAUUCGGUUCUGUAUUCUUUGAAGCACAGGUAUAAACAUUUGUUUUGUGUUGAAUUGUACAAUGGACUACACUUAUAUGUUGGAAUUCGAGGUAUUAUUACCUUUCAUGCAAUGCAAUCCACGUAUCAAAGAUGUACAGUGAACAUCUGUAGCUGGGGGGUCAAUGAAUUUUACCUGAACUUGAAAAGGUUUGAAACUUUACCGGAAGUGUACAAUAACUGCAGCAGACGUUUUCGAAAUUGAUUAUCAUCAUUUCCGAUGCUCAGUUGUAAAAAACUCAGGGGAACUGGGAUUUUUGAAGAUUCAUUUAUGAUGUCUUUUGCAGUGAAUUCGCAGACUGUUGCACAAAAUUGUACACAAAAUAUCGGAUAUGACAAGACACGUAAAGGGAUCAUAUUAUUUUAAGCAAUUAUAAACAUCUUUUUAUUUUUUCGAUCACCUCACCAAUUAUAAUGACUUUAUUGCUCAAAUUUCCCGGAAAAUGUCAAAAUUUUACCUUGAAUUUUACCUCAAACUUUAUCUAACUUUUCCCAAUCACAAUUUCUGGCAUAUUGAGUCACUCCCUAGAUUACGCUCAGUUUCUGAAAUAAUGCAAAGUUUAGGUCGCUCAUGUAGCCAAUCCAUUGAGCUGCCAAUACGUUGUCAGUUUGAGUGAAACUUACGUUUGCUCUUGUGCUUUCUUCUGAAAAUUGUAGCAAGAAAUUAGUCAAGAAUACCCACCAGUUGUCUACGUUGCGAUUAACAAACAUGGAAUUAAUAUUAUUAAACGGGACACCAAAGUAAGUUGAACCGUGUAUAAGCAUAACUAAAAAUUGCUUGUUUUGAUGAAUUGGUGCUGUAACAGUUGCAUUACCAACACAAGGCAAGGUGACAAACACAGAGUUGAAGCAGUUGUAAUCGGUUACUAACUGAUCUGUUUGAUUACUAAUCAAGGAAUUGCUGAAAAAUUACUCCUACGGGCUGAUUUCACACUGGCGAAGUGGAGAUGAGACAUUUGAAGUUAUUAUUGGUGGUACAUCUGAUGGUAGAAGAAUUGUUUUUAAGACGCAUUUGGUAAGGGACGCUAAAUUUUCAGACGCUUGGUCAUUCAUAAGGAUAGAAAGAUUGCUCAAAAGCUAUCCAUUAAUUAUAACAGGUUUUAGCUAAGCUUCCUCCUCAGGACACCCAUGACAAUUAUAGGAGACCAAUGCUUUUGAGCCUCGUUAUCGUCAUUAAUGUCACAUUAACAUAUUCGUGAUAUUCUCGUUAAUUAUAUCACGAAUAAGAAGAUGGUGAAGUCGACUAUAACGCCAAGGUGUAAAUCAUGCCGUUAGUUAUGGUGAUAAAUAUCUUCCUGAUAUAAGUUUAUAGAGCAAGUGAUUAGGAAAGAAAGGUACACUUCUCUCAAGUCAAGUUUUGAUAGCCACCUCUGCAUUUCUUGCCAUUGAUUAUAGCUAAAUACUUGCACGGUAACUCAUCCUCUGUUUGUGAAAGUUGUUAAAUCUCCGGAAAUUUUCUUGAGUCCAACACUGAAUGGGUUUGGACCUGUGAAUUUCAGUACAGUAACACGUAUAGAGUACCAAUGGACAAAAAUAGCGAUGGUAACCAACAUGAAUUACCAAGAAAAUGAAUCGCUCUAAUUAAACAUACAUUUAUUCAGGUGUUUAAGCAAUUCUCUGGUGCUACAGUAAGUAAAUUCUAUCAGCUUAAAGCAACUUAAAGCAUCACUUUAUUUUUCAACAGGAUUACGAGAUGGAUGAUUUGUUGACCUCAUAUGUUGCAUUCUACUCUGAUGAAAGAGAGGCGGAACAGUUGAAUGCUUUGUGGUCGCAAACAGUCAGGUAUUUUGCUCAUACUAUAGUCGACCGCGAGAAGUCCCUCGAGAUCAGGAGAAAGGAGGGACUACCGACUACACAUCAAGAAACGAAAUAUGCGUUGCCCACACAACGCAAAAUUCCCAUUGUUCGAAAUCGAUGUGCCUGUCAAUCAAAUCUGAUAUGGAGUAAUUACGCUAUAAAUAAUUUCCAGAAUGAAUGUUGAUUUUAAAAAUAAACAUGACAUUAACGGUUCCUAUUGGAUAGAUUUAGGAGUCUUUGCAUAAACAAUACUUAUAUCUAAUUAAAUCAGUCUAGCUCAUACAGCUAUUACAGUUAAUAUUAAGGUUGUCACGAGCAAUGGUCAAAUGUGAAAGCCAGGCGCCAAAAGUGUAAUCGAAAUAAUAUAUUUUAUAGGAUGAAAUGUUAAUCAUGUGUACCUCUGGAAAUUGAAAACACAAAUUGGCUACCUAUAAACAGCUAAAAAUAUUAAAAUUGUUAUACCCAUCUUGCUGUUGGCGCUCGGAAUGUAUACAAAUGACUAUGAUAACCUUAAUUGAAAUAGCUGUAUACCUGUAGUUUUAAACAUUUGAAUAUAUGAGUUGAUAUGUCCUUCAGGAGUUUGUAUAUCCAGUCUGAUACAGAUAUAUGUUAUAUUAUGCUUUAUCUAUUACUCAAAAUAUCAAAUAUACAUGAAAUGGCCACAAAUAUUAGGCAAGUGGUAAACAUAUAACUAUACGACAUACUAACAGUUGGUCUUUGUUCUUCUUUCCUUUUCAGAGAGAUUCUCCGAAAACAGAUUACCGUUCCCCAGGAAAAUGGCAUUCAUAUUAACCAUCACUAA